UAUCAAAAUUAAUGCAGCACUAGUAAACGUGACCGAGAGCUGCUUUUACUUAUACAGUAGUACGUUGUCGAAGUUAGGAGACGGAGAAUUGCUCAUUAUUUUCUUCAAAACUUGAGUAGACUCAUUUGUUUUAUAUAUUAAUUUUUUAUUAAUCACGUAUAUGGCUUCAAUCGAAGAAAUAGACCAGCUGGAUAGCGGUAUGGGUAGCAGCGACGCACGCUCUCCAGAAGUGAAAUCUCUUCUUCCCGACGAAGAAGAUGACGAAGAGGAUGAAAGUUUUUCGGAAAGAUUAUUAGGACUUACAGAAAUGUUUCCCGAAAAUGUUCGCAAAGUUGGAUAUAAUGUUGGAUCUGGUCUAUGUACUUGCGUCAAAGGUUUAUAUACAUUUUCAUGUUCAGCAACAUGGCUCUUGUUCAGUUCGUCUGCUAUUUUGUUUGCACCUGUAUUCUUUGAAGUAGAACGUGCUCAAAUGGAAGAAGUUCAGCGUGCACAACAAAAACAGGUUCUUUUAGGACCAAAUUCUGCCAUCUCUAAUGUUAGUGCGCCUGGUCUUCCAAUGGCUCCCCCUGUGCAGCGAUAAAUAAUUAUAUAAUUUAUCAUUAAAGUAAUCGUGCAUUCAACUAUUUAUCAACAUAAUAGUAUCAUUAAUUGCAAAUACCAUAAAAAUAUAUUGACCAAACAUGUAAAUUAACUGUAUAUCUUAUAUUUUAAAUUCUUAAGCUCUAAAUUCCAUAAUUGCAUUUGUUUAGUUACAUAUUUAGAAAAUUGUGUAAAACUGUGUGUAGUUCAGUUUCUGGACUAGUGCAAUGAUAAUGUAUAAACAUUUUAUCUUCAAAUGUAAUUUUUAAUACAUAAUGAUAGAGUGAA